UUGACAAUAUUGCAGACUACAUGGGUCCGUUUUAAAAAGAUUCAAACGAGGUGAACUAAACUUUGAAAUGUGUCUUGUCUAAUAAUUACUUUUCUUGUGUCUCUCUUCUGCCUCCUACCGGAUGCCUGAGCUGUGUGGAGGAUUUUGCCACGUUGCUGUGGACAACAGCUAAAGCCUCUCUCACAGACCAGGAGAGGAUGUAGUCCGCCUAGGAGCCCCGGUGGAGCACACAUGCGGACUCGGCGCUGUCACUUUUAACAGAUCUCUGUGAGGCAGAGAUCCUUCAGACGUAAAGAUGUUGACAGACAGGAUUUUGGAAGAGGAGUUUGAGAAGAAAGGGGAUUCCUGGUACAGCCAGCAGGACCUUGAAGACGAUCUCCAUCUGGCUGCAGAGCUGGGCAAAACUCUUCUGGACCGGAACCAUGACCUGGAGCAAGCCCUGCAGCAGAUGUAUUCUACCAACCAGGAGCAGCUGCAAGAGAUCGAGUACCUGACCAAACAGGUGGAGCUGCUGCGUCAGAUGAACGACCAACAUGCCAAACUGUAUGAGCAGCUGGACAUGGCCGCCAGGGAUGUGGAGCAAAGCAACCAAAGGCUGGUGCAGGACAACCGCCUGGCCCAAACCAAGAUCAACAGUUUAACAGAAACUAUUGAAGUCCUUCAGACCCUCAUAGAAGACCUGCAGGCCCAGAUGGACGAGCUAAAAGCGGCUCAGGCUGAGCGAAACAAGAGAGAGCUGGCAGAGCAGCGGCGUGGCUUCGGAGCGCAGAGUGUGUCCUGUCUCAAGGAGUUGUAUGACCUCCAGCAGGACAGGUAUCUGAGUCCAAGCGAUGGACUCUGGUCACCUCAGAGCUUCCUCUGUGACAGAGACAGAUGCCCAGACCCAGAAGAGGAGAACCAUGCUCUCCAGCGCUCUGUCCAAACCCUUCAGAGACAAAUCGCCACAGAGCGAAGCCGAAGGGAGGCUGCGGAGCGAGAGAUCGAGUUCACAUGCAGGGAGAACAGAGGCCUGGAGCAGCGGCUGACCCAGCUGGAAGGUUGCUGGGCCCGGCAGACAGAGCUGGAGGAAGAGGUGGAGCAGCUGCGGCUUCUGUGGCGUGCCAGCAGGGUUAGAAGACCGAGCCAGCUGCUGUUGCCUGAAACUAUGUUUUUUGCCUCGGAAGAAAAGCAAAGUGAAGCAGAAGAGACAUCCGCGAAGGAAGAGGAGCAGGCGAGGCAAAGCCGACAGAGGCGCCACAGCGACAGUGUCUUGAAGGCCACAACCACGGAGGAGCUUCGCCGCGGCCAUGAGCAGCUGUGCAUCAGGCGGACAGAGGCAGUGAAACAGAGAGGAAUCUCUCUGCUCAACGAGGUGGACGCACAGUACAGCGCCCUCCAGGUAAAAUACGAGGAGCUGCUGAAACGCUACCACCAAGCAACAGACAGACUGACCCACAAAGGUGUCCAGACUGCCAGCGGUUCCUUGGCUAGCGCCUGCCUGCGCCGCCGCCCCCUCUCUGGGUUGGAUGAUCCAAAGGUUCUUCAUGAAGACGGCCAGCAGCCGGAGUACAAAGUUCUGUUCAAGGAGAUCUUCACCCGCAUCCAAAAGACGAAAGAGGACAUCAGCGAGAACAGGCACUCGGCACGCAACCACGACGCUGCGGAAUGAAUUUCCUGCGUUCGUCUUCCUCGGAUUUGCUCCGAAUUUCUGACCAGGAGGUGGACUGAGGCUGCUUUUCUGUAAAACUUUACAGAGGGUGCACAAGCUAGAUGUUUUACACUUUUCUUAGUUUGCACAGUUCGUUUUAUUUCAUCCUGAUGGAGAAAAUAGGAAAUGGGUUUAAUGCAACGGCUGUGUUUGAUACAGAACUGAAAACAAAUAUGGCAGGUUAUAAUAAAGAAAUUACGUACAUGGAGGUAUAUAAAGCUACAUUACAGUCCGGAAGUAUUGUUUGUUUUUUUGUGCCGUAUUUAUGUAACGUUAACUCACUUAAUAUUGUUGGUGUUUGGAACAGAAAGGCAUGUGUUACGGUUUAGGUGGAUUCGUUGUGUAAGCAGUUAUGUUGCAUAAGGAUGGAAAACAGCAGAAAUGUAAUCAGUGGCUUAUAGAAGGUGAAAUACUGGCUGGUUUUAUGGACCUUGAAGAUUGCUUUCUUGGUUGUUGGUGCAUUAUGUUUUAUUUAUACCAGUGGCAACAUUUUUGCUUAACCACAGGGCACAUUUUUUCUUCUUUUUUUUGUUAACAAUUCAUCACUUUUAUUUAUUUAUCACCAGAAGAUUUAUUUUCUUUGUAGGAAACUUUCCAGAGGAGUCUGAUGAGUUGAGGAGAAUUAAAACUCAGCGUAGCUGCACUGUGUUGAGAAAUUGUGCUUCAGGUAUGUUAUUUAAAAAAAAAAAGCUGUUUUUUUUUUUCUUCUUCUAAUCUUUAAGACAAUUUGAACAAAAAUAACUGGAAGAGUUAUAUUGGUUCAGGACCUCAGCUGUUACAGCCUGAAAUCAAAAUGAUUGUCAUGUUAAUGUUUUUAUCCUCACCUUGUAUAUGUAUUAAGAAAGGAAAAAAAAUCACAAAUUAAACUAUUCUGCAAUUUGCA